AUGGCAGACAAUAUUGUCACUGACUGGCUUCGAUCACUGUAUUUAGUGCACUACACACAAGCUUUCCUUGACAAUGGCUAUGAUGACCUAGAGAUAUGCAAACAAAUAGGCGAACCAGACCUGGAUGCCAUCGGGGUCCACAAACCCGAACAUCGCUAUCGAAUACUGGAAGCUGUGCGUAUCCUCCGUGAACAAGGGGGUACAGCUGUUUAUUUUACUUUAGAAAAUCCGGAAGGACCAUGUCCUAACAAUGUCUUGGACGGAGUCGGACUGAUCGGCGGAGACGGUGGGGUAGGCUGUGUGAAUUCGGACAUUUACCAUCAUACCGCAGGUCUUGGGGGUGUUGGAGCAACUGACCGGACAGUGGGUGAAACCCCGGUUCCGGACACGGUCCACUGCCCCCGUCGACUGACCGAUGACUACGAGGAAGGAAAGUCGGCUUUGCUUACCUAUCCUAAAAUUCAACUAAAGCAUAUCAUACGAGAUAAGCUGGUCCGAGAUGAUAUCGAUCUAUCUGGUCCGCCUUAUACAACUCCGCCAGUAGCAGAAGCUAGCGUUCCUCUCUUUCUCUUCUCCCUCUCCAUCACAGAUGGAAAAAUGAAUAAUGCGUACAAGACCAUUUCUUUACCUCUUUUCGCUUCGUUAUUUUCCUUUUGCUGGUUUCAGUCAAUUUAUCUCCUUUCGCUGGUUUCUCUCCGUCUCUCUCACUCCUUUUUUUUCCUUUCCGUCUCUCUCCUCCUUUCUCGUUUCUCUCCAUCUUCUCUCCCCUUUCUCCUCUCCGUCUCUCUCACUCCUUUCGCUCGUUUCUCUCCGUCUCUCUCACUCCUUUCGCUCGUUUCUCUCCGUCUCUCCUCUCUCUCUCUCCUCCUUUCGCUCCUCUCUCUUCGCUCGUUUCUCUCCGUCUCUCUCACUCCUUUCGCUCGUUUCUCUCCGUCUCUCUCACUCCUUUCGCUCGUUUCUCUCCGUCUCUCUCACUCCUUUCGCUCGUUUCUCUCCGUCUCUCUCACUCCUUUCGCUCAUUUCUCUCCCAUCUCUCCGUCUUUCUCUCCGUCUCUCUUUUUCGCUCAUUUCUCUCUCUCUCUCCCUUUUCGCUCAUUUCUCUCCAUCUCUCUCCUUUUCGCUCAUUUCUCUCCAUUCUCUCCUCCCUUUCUCAUUUCUCUCUCUCUCUCCUCCCUUUCGCUCAUUUCUCUCCGUCUCUCUUUUCGCUCAUUUCUCUCCGUCUCUCUCUCCUUUCAUCAUUUCUCUCCAUCUCUCUUUCCUUUCUCAUUUCUCUCCAUCUCUCUCUCCCUUUCCUUCUCCAUCUCUCUCUCUUUUUUUCCAUCUCUCUCUCCCUCCAUUUCUCUCCGUCUCUCUCCUCCUUUCGCUCUUUUUUUCUCUCCUCCCUUUCGCUCAUUUCUCUCUCUCUCCCUUUUUCGCUCAUUCUCUUUUUCCUCCUUUUCUCUUUCUCUCUCUCUCCUUUUCGCUCUUUUCUCUCUCUCCCUUUGGCUCUCCAUUCUCUCUCUCUUUCUCCUUCUCUCUCCUUUUCGCUCUUUCUCUCUCUCUCCUUUUCGGCUCUUUUUUUUUCUCUCUCUCUCUCUCUCCUCCUCUUGGCUCUUUUUUUUCUCUCUCUCUCUCCCUUUGGCUCUUUUUCUCUCUCUCUCUCUCUCCUUUUUCUCUUUUCUCUUUUUUCUCUCUCUCUCUCUCCUUUGGCUCUUUUUUUCUCUCUCUCUCUCUCCUUUGGCUCUUUUUCUCUCUCUCUCUCUCUCCUUUUUUUCUCUCUCUCUCUCCUUUGGCUCUUUUUCUCUCUCUCUCCUUUGGCUCUUUUUCUCUCUCUCUCCUUUGGCUCUUUUUCUCUCUCUCUCCUUUGGCUCUUUUUCUCUCUCUCUCUCUCUCUCCUUUGGCUCUUUUUUCUCUCUCUCUCUCUCCUUUGGCUCUUUUUUCUCUCUCUCUCUCUCCUUUGGCUCUUUUUCUCUCUCUCUCUCUCUCUUUUGGCUCUUUUUUUUUCUCUCUCUCUCUCCUUUGGCUCUUUUUUUUUCUCUCUCUCUCUCCUUUGGCUCUUUUUUUUUUCUCUCUCUCUCUUUGGCUCUUUUUAUUUCUCUCUCUCCUUUGGCUCUUUUUAUUUCUCUCUCUCUCCUUUGGCUCUUUUUUUAUUUCUCUCUCUCUCCUUUGGCUCUUUUUUUAUUUCUCUCUCUCUCCUUUGGCUCUUUUUUUUCUUUCUCUCUCUCUCUUUUUUAUUUCUCUCUCUUCUCCUUUGGCUCUUUUUUUUAUUUCUCUCUCUCUCCUUUGGCUCUUUUUUAUUUCUCUCUCUCUCUCUCCUUUUGGCUCUUUUUAUUUUUCUCUCUCUCUCUCUCCUUUGGCUCUUUUUUAUUUCUCUCUCUCUCUCUCUCUCCUUUGGCUCGUUUUUUUUUCUCUCUCCUUCUCUCUCUCCUUUGGCUCUUUUUUAUUUCUCUCUCUCUCUCCUUUGGCUCUUUUUUAUUUCUCUCUCUCUCCUUUUUGGCUCUUUUUCUCUCUCUCUCUCUCCUUUGGCUCUUUUCUCUCUCUCUCUCUCUCCUUUGGCCUCUCUCUCUCUCUCCUUUGGCUCUUUUCUCUCUCUCUCUCUCUCCUUUGGCUCUUUUCUCUCUUUCUCUCUCUCCUUUGGCUUUUUCUCUCUCUCUCUCUCCUUUGGCUCUUUUCUCUCUCUCUCCUUUGGCUUUUCUCUUCUCUCUCUCUCCUUUGGCUCUUUUCUCUCUCUCUCUCUUUUUGGCUCUUUUCUCUCUCUCUCUCAUUUUGGCUCUUUUCUCUCUCUCUCUCAUUUGGCUCUUUUUCUCUCUUUUUCUCUCUCUCAUUUGGCUCUUUCUCUCUCUUUUUCUCUCUCUCAUUUGGCUCUUUUUUUCUCUCUCUCUCCUUUAUCUCCCUUUCUCUUUCUUAUCCUCUCUCUCUCUUUCCGUCCUUUUCUAUCCUCUCUUUCUGUCUUUCCGUCUUUUCUAUCCUCUCUUUCUGUCUUUCCGUCCUUUUCUAUCCUCUCUCUCUCUCUCUCUCUACCUAAUUACGAAGCUUCUCCUCCACCCUCUUUCUUGCUCGUUUCGUCAUCUAAACUUCCAAAUCGUUUUAUCUACCUUUCGAUCGUACGAAGCUAUCUUUCGCCGCUGUUGUCGUGUCUGCUAUCGUUUUCUUGACUGUCUUUUCUCGCUAUUUCUCGUUUGUUCACGUUCACAUUUGAUGAUGCUUGUGUUUUAUACGUUCAAUCGAUCUGUGGGCGUCGCAGUGUCUGUGUCAGUGUUUACAUUUCUCUCUUUGAUUUCGCUCUUUUUCUUGUCUUUUUUCAUUUUUUUUCUUUCUUUCUUGUUUUCCUUUCUCUUCUUCAUCAUUUUCUUCCAUUCUUUGUUCUUCCUUUUUCUUUCUUUCCAUUUUUCUUCUUUUUCCUUGACUUUAAAAUAA